AGACAUUCUCAUCGAGUAAUCGGGACGGUGAUGACCGAGACUUAAGGUCAUCGAGUUACGACCUACGAAUAUCACGUUGCAUACCCUUAGUUUGUACUUUUUGCCACUAUCAAUCAGUGCAUAAUCGAUUAUACUUUGUUCAACGAUAUUUACUAUAUUCAUAAUCAAAAAUCGAUAAAAAUUUAAAAUAAAUCGGAUAAAUUCAACAAUAUUAUUUGUUUUAAAUAAUAUCUGGAAAAUUAUGAUACAUAAUUUUGAAUAAAAAAAAAAAAAAGAAAAAAGUGAUUGUGAUCAAAGAAGAAGAAAAAUUUAUCCUCGUAAUUAAAGAUAAGAAGAAGAUCAACAAGAGCAAGAAAAAAAUUAUCACGAAAAUUUCUACUAGAAAGUAGAAAUUCUCUAAAAGAAGGAAUAAAAAAAACGGAUAGGAAAAAGUGUGUCGUGAUUAAACCACGAAAAAGUGUGAAUAGAAAAAAGGAAAAUAAGAGGAAAACGUGAAGAAACAUUCGAGAAAACGUGAAGAAACUAUCGAGAAGAACUUGUAUGUGUUGUAAAUAUAAUAUGCAUACGCAUAUUUUGCACUCUUAGGUAAGAAAUCGAACGGAUGUCGGAGUGAAAGUCGAUUAUCUCCUAAAUUCGAUUGGUCUUUCGAAUAUUCUACUGGCUCUUGUUUAUACCAUAUAAUUUGAUCAAAUUUCUCGAUCGCGAAAAACAGAAAUCGAAAGUAGACGAAAGAUUGGGCAACGAGAGAAACCGCCUCUAAGAUGGGCACCAUACUUCAACAAUCAGUGUUAAAAGGCCGACAAAGAGUUAAUAAUGGAAAAGAAAAAAAUUUACUUCAUGAAUUAUUCACUCAGACAGCAGUAAAUUAUCCCAAUCAACUGGCAAUCUAUUAUAAAGAUGACAAUGACCAGGAAUAUGUAAUUUCUUAUGAAAAAUUGAACGAGAUAACCAAUAAAUUGGCCAGAGUUUUUCAAAAACUUGAGAAAUCAGAAAGUGCAUCAAAAUCAUUUGUAGCGGUAUGCAUGAAACCCUCGCAUCAGUUACCGACCGUGCUGAUUGCCAUAUUGAAGGCCGGUAUGGCAUAUUUACCCUUGGACACAGAAUUCCCUAUGGUCAGGAUGAAACAUAUUUUAGAAGAAGCAAAACCUUUUGUGGUGGUGAUCGAGCAAGAAACGGAUUUAUCACUUUAUGAAGGAACAAACACGAUCACCUAUGAACAAUUGUUAAAGCAAUCUAAAAAUGAAGAAAAAGAAAAUUUGAAAAUUGAAGAAAAUCCUGAAAACACCGCCAUUGUUUUAUAUACUUCUGGAAGCACAGGCAUACCUAAAGGAGUACUUCUACCACACGCAACUAUAUUGAAUCGAUUGGAAUGGCAAUGGCAGGAAUUACCUUAUGCAAAGGACGAAAAAAAUUGCAUUUUUAAGACAUCUUUGACAUUUGUGGAUAGUGUAUCUGAAAUUUGGGGACCUUUGUUGCAAGGACGUACACUGGUGGUUGUUCCCAAACAUGUUACCAAAGAUCCAGAGAGAUUUGUGUCUGUACUGGAAGAACAUAAGAUUCAGCGAUUGGUAUUGGUCCCAUCCUUAUUGCACUCCAUGUUAAUGUAUCUCAGUUUACAAAACAAGGAUGAUAUUCUACGUUCGUUAAGACUUUGGGUAUGCUCUGGAGAGACAUUGCCAAUUUCUUUAGCAGAUCAAUUUUUCACCACAUUUGAGAAUGACAGUAAAAUUUUAGCAAAUUUUUAUGGAAGUACAGAGAUCAUGGGAGAUGUUACCUAUCAUCUUUUGACCAAUCGGAAGCAACUACAGUCAGCAGAAAAAGUACCAAUUGGAAAACCAUUAGACAAUUGCAUUAUUUAUAUCGUCAACAAAGAAAUGCGACUAGUACCGCAAGGAGAAAUUGGAGAAUUAAUAGUUGCCGGCAGAAAUCUUGCAACGGGCUAUAUUCACAAUAAUGAAUCCCGCAAAUUUCAAGACAAUCCUUAUGCGAUUGAUUUAGAAUAUUCAAGGAUUUAUUGCACCGGUGAUUAUGCCAAAAUAUCAAAAGGUGUGAUUAUGUACGAAGGACGUGUAGAUUCGCAAAUUAAAGUUAGGGGACAUCGUGUGGAUCUUACGGAAGUAGAAAAAGCAAUAUCUAGGAUAUCUGAAAUAAAUGGAGUAGUUGUUCUUUGUUAUAAACCCGGUGAAUUGUCACAGAGUCUAGUUGCUUUUAUAACUAUUGCAAAAGAUUCGUCCAUUUGCGUAUCAAAAAUAGAAACGUUUCUACAAUCUAUGCUACCUGUAUACAUGUUACCACGAGUUAUCAUCGUGGAAAAUAUACCACUUUUAACAAAUGGGAAGACUGAUCGUCAAGCAUUAUUGAAAUACUAUGAAUCUUCUAAUGUCAAUAAUGAAAGCGAGCAGUGCAUGAAUUGUGACUAUACUAAUGUACUUGAGAAAGAUCUCGCCAAGGCGAAAGUUCUGUUUCCAACAGUGGCGUCCGUGAUUGGUAGUGGAGGUCGUGCAGACAUCACGCUUAAUGCAAAUUUUUACGAGCUUGGCGGGAAUUCUUUGAAUUCGAUUUACACUGUGACAAAGCUCCGGGAUCAAGGUUAUGAAAUAGGCAUUACAGAAUUUAUCACGGCAAAAAAUUUGGCCGAAGUUCUCGAUCGAAUGAAGAUUAGUACUGAAGACGUGGUUUAUGAAAAUAGUCUUAACGAAGAAGAGCAUAUCUUUGAAAUGUUAAAUGAUUCUCAUAAAAAAGAUGUAAUAGAAAUUAUUACAGAAAGUUUCUACAGUAAAGCAGAUUUAGAACAGUGGUUAAUGCCAGAUAUAACAAGAGAAGAUUAUCAAAUAAUGAUGGAAAUACUUUGGAAUUCUUUAGUGGAAAAAAAUUUAAGUUUUGUAGUGAAAUCGUCGCAAGAUAAUAGAACAAUAGGAGUAGGCUUGAAUUUUGAUCUCUGGGAUGAGCCUGAAUUAAUUCUUGAUUCUAAAUUGAUGAUUGUUUUCGAAUUCUUGGAAUAUCUAGAGGCGCCUAUUAGAGAACGAAAAUUACCAAAAGGAAAGGGUCAGAUUAUUCACAAUUUCAUGAUGACAACAAGCAGUGAUUUAAAUCCGGCUGAAAAUGUAAUUAUGAUGAAAGAGAUGGAAGAAUAUUGUUUGCAAUUGGCUAAAAGGAAAGAAUAUGCUGGUAUUUUCACUACAAAUACAAGUCCAUUAACACAGCAACUUGGAAUAGACGUGUUCGGAUACGAAACAAUGUUGACUUAUCAAGUAAAUAGGUAUUGUGCCCCGGAUGGUUCGAAACCCUUUGGAAAAGCUCCGGAUGAUCAACUGGCAAUUUGCUCAUUGAAAAUGAUCACUUAAUAGUCUUUGAAAACGAAUCAGAAAUAUUAAUGAGUACAAGAAUAUAACAUGCCAUUAUAUUACUGUCACUUAUAGUAAUAAAAUUAAUAAGCAUGUAUAGUCAUUGAAAGCGAUAUAGUGAAGUCCUAAAUUUAAAUAUAAACGAUGAUAUCUAUUCAUCUAACUGCAUUUAAUAAAACUGCAAUUUAUGGCUAAGGAAAUUUGUCAGGGAAUUUUUUACCAAA